AUUGACCAAAAAACUUCACCAGCUGCUCUGUACAUUGCCACACACAAAAACAAAGGUAACUUCACUUCACUUGUUGGUUCCCGCCUGUGACUGAAGAAAUAAGCUUCAGUUUCAAUGGCGCGAGGGAAGAUGAAGAAGAAGGAAGAAGAAAGGGAAGAGGUGGAAGAAGCAACAAACCCAGAAAUGAUUGAACGCAAGAGGCUCAAAGCCUUGGCGUUUUCUAACAACGUGCUCUCAGAGACCCAAGCAAGGAGCUCCAUUCACCUGAACCCUUCGUCCAUCGUGGCGAAGCAUCACGGCAAAGACAUCAUCAAAAAAUCUCAAAGGAAGAGUAGCAGAUACCUCUUCUCCUUCCCCUCUCUCAUCGCUCCCAUUGGGGGUGGCAAGAUCGGUGACCUCAAGGACUUGGGAACCAAAAACCCCAUUCUCUAUCUGGAUUUCCCCCAGGGUCAAAUGAAGUUAUUUGGGACCAUUGUAUAUCCAAAGAACAGAUACUUGACUCUACAGUUCUCUAAAGGUGGAAAAAGUGUGAUGUGUGAGGAUUAUUUUGAUAACAUGAUUGUAUUUUCGGAUGCAUGGUGGAUUGGGAAUAAAGAUGAAAACCCAGAAGAAGCCAAACUGGAAUUUCCUAAGGAAUUGUAUGAGGGGCAACAAGCUGAGUAUGACUUUAAAGGGGGUGCAGGUGCAGCUUCUGUAGUUAAUCAAGCUGUUCCCAAAACCAGGAUUCAACAUGCAGAGCCAGAGUCACCAAAGACACCCCCUGAAGAUGAUUUAUCUGACAGUGAAAUCAAUUCAAAAGAUACUAAGGAAUUGACUCCAGUCCGCCAUUCACUGAGAACUUCAAGAAAAUCAUACAAAUUUGCUGAAAUUUCUUCUGGCGAUAAUUCUGGCGAAAGCGGCCCUGACAUUUCUGAACAUGAAGAGAAAGUGGUAGAAGUUGACACUACUGUAAAUGAUCACAAUGGCUUAAAGAACAAGACUGUAGUUAUUGACAUUGAUAAUGAGAAUGAUGCACAAGGAGAUCAAGUUGCCAAGGAAAAUAAUGAGUGUGCUUCACAAUCAAAAUGUAAAAAAGUGUCUCAAUCCGCUUCAGCGACUGCAUCUACUGAAGUUGUGUCCAGUAAUCGUGGUUCACUUGUUCAGGCUACUAUAUCGACAUUAUUCAAAAAAGUGGAAGAAAAGAAGACUCCAAGAAAUUCAAGGAAAUCUCCAUUAUCAAAAGCUUCUGCCCAGAAGUUGCAGCCCGCUGGUUCAAAAAGAAAGAUUGAUCUGGAUGAGGGAUCCAGGAAAAGGGCAAGAAAGACCAAGAGCAAAGAGCCCAGUGAAAAAAUCAAGGCAAAAAGCAAGGAACACAAGGUUGAAGAUGGUGAUGAUGAUGACAUUGAAGAAUUUUCAAAUGCUUCAGAGGAUACUAAUGGAAGUGAUGAAGACUGGACUGCUUGAAUGAGUGAUAUAAGUUGUAGUUGCUAGGCACAAGAGAUUACAAAGGCCAAGGUCAUGCAAUUGAUGAGAAUGAAGUACCCUUUGUCUUCCUAGUCACUAAGAUAUAUCCACUGUGAAGACUUAGCUUUGCAUAUCCAUCAUCUCAGUGCAUAUAUGAUUAUGAGAAAAGAUAGAUACCAUUUGGUUAUUAUGGAGGGAGAAUGAAAUUUGUUCGCCGUUUACCAAUUCAACUCUUAUCUCACAGCUGUGAGGCAUUAGAUAUAUACUUCCAAUUUCAAUUAUCUUGUAAAGAGUU